AUGGCCGCGCUCGCGAGGACGGCGCCGCCCCUUGCCGGGUCCACUCGCCGGCCCUCCUGCGCGCUGCGUCCAACGGCGUCCCUCUCCUUCGGCGCCGCUUCCACGACGCCCCGCGGCCGGCUCGGGCUGGGGCUGAGCACGGCGUCGGCGGGGAGCGGGAGGGCGGCCAGGGCUCGUGCUGUCCCGCGCCGCAUCGUCUCCUCCUCGGAGGUUGAGCAAAGCUACAUUAUGAUCAAACCAGAUGGUGUUCAGCGUGGUCUGGUUGGAGAUAUUAUUUCUCGCUUUGAGAAGAAAGGGUUUUUGUUGAAAGGCUUAAAACUGUUCCAGUGCCCCAAGGACUUGGCUCAGGAGCAUUACAAGGAUUUGAAGGAUAAACCUUUCUUUCCUAAGCUGAUUGAUUACAUAACUUCUGGUCCUGUUGUCUGCAUGGCCUGGGAGGGUGAUGGUGUUGUUGCAUCAGCUCGCAAAUUAAUAGGAGCUACUAACCCCCUUCAAGCUGAACCAGGAACCAUAAGGGGUGAUCUUGCAGUUCAAACUGGAAGGAAUGUUGUCCAUGGAAGUGAUAGUCCUGAUAACGGCAAGCGUGAAAUUGGUGCAGUUCUUCACAGGGUUACUGCCUUACUGCAGAUUUUUUUUGUGUUUGUCAUCUGCUCGGAUCAGCUGGAUCUUGAGACUACCUACGUGUCGUGGCAUAUAUCUCAUGACAUGACCAUGUCAAUGACGGGACCUGGACAAUCUGGUAGAGCCGGCACUGUGAUCUCUGAAUUCAGAAGCAGAAGGCGGUUGGACCUGGACAAUGGAGCUCUUCUGUUGCUGCACUUUGUGAUGAUGGUCAGUUACUGCCUGUCUGGGAGCUACAAAGUUGCAGACAAGAAAGUUUCUGACAGUCCUGGUUCAUCAAAUAACUCGAUGUGCCCCUCCUGCUCUUGCUGCAAAAAUAUGCAGGCCAAGGGCGUGAAAAUGUUAACAAGUGCUUUGAAGGAUCCCAAUGUUUCUCAAUCAACAGACCUGGAGUAUGGAAAAGACAAUUCUGUGAAAUCCUGCAUUAGCAAGCUUGUGUUGAAUGGCAACAAAUGUGCCAACAAGGAAGAAAAUGCUCCGUCUGGCUGCCCUGACGCUGUGACAAAUGUGCCAUAUAGCUAA